AUGCAGGAGCACCCGCCCGAGCGGGCUGCGUUCCUACCGAGCUCCAUCAAAGAAAGGCGCGAUGCGCUCGUUGAUCAGUUUCCAACCCCUCCUCUUCUGACGCGUAGAUCCUCUGAGGGAUCGCUGUCCACUAUCAGUUAUUCGUCCAUUUCAAACGACUCCGACCUCACCAAGAACGGCAGAGUCAAGUGCAGCCAGCGACUCACUCGAAAGGCCAGCCCGGCGCCGGUACUAGCGGUGGCGGUUUCCAGGCCUAGGGCAUCUAGGCCGGCAGCAUCGGCCACGAACAACGGUCGAGCACCGGCUUUGCGCAACAACCACCGGCCCUCACCCGUUCCGACCGAGAUUCACGAGAAGAGGUGGGCUGCGUCGGGUCGGACGACGUGCGCCCUACCGAAGCCUGGCAAGAGAGCAGCCCCAGGGCAGCCCGCCACGGCCCAAGUCUUUCAGGGUGCUCAAGUAGGAUCGCAGGGCUGGUGGCGUCCUCGACGCGCGUCGACAAAGAACGAAUCGUCGCCGAGGGAUCGCAGACGGGGGUGUAUGAGUACCAGUCCUGGGCGUCCAGCAGACAGGAUGUCGGCCCCGGCAGAGUCUGCUCACACCUUUAAAAACCAUUUCAAGCAUAUCGCCAACAAGGAUCGCCUGGCUUCCAGCAUUCUUGGUAGACGAUUCGCUCUCCAGGGCACCGAUACCUGGUGCAAUGAGCAGCUCGAGGAUGCCCCAGGGCAAAGGAGCCGCCGCCCCGACCAGCCGGCAGACUGGGCACCGAUACCUGGUGCAAUGAGCAGCUCGAGGAUGCCCCAGGGCAAAGGAGCCGCCGCCCCGACUAGCCGGCAGACUGGUCAAAGGCCCGGCGGCACGGUGACACAGGCCACCGAUACCCGGUGCGAUGAGCAGCUCGAGGAUGCCCUAGGGCACCGAUACCCGGUGCAAUGGGCAGCUCGAGGAUGCCCCAGGGCACCGAUACCCGGUGCGAUGGGCAGCUCGAGGAUGUCCCAGGGCAGGGGAGCCGCCGCCCCAACCGGCGGGCAGACCGGUCAAAGGCCUGGCGGCACCAGCGGCCCCGCGUCGUCGGCGGCUGCGAUACCGCCAGCAACUGGAUAUGAAAAGAAAGACAACAAUCAAUCGUUGAUACAGGGCACCAAUACCCGGUGCAAUGAGCAGCUCGAGGAUGCCCCAGGGCAAAGGAGCCGCCGCCCCGACCGGCGGGCAGACUGGCCAAAGGCCCGUCGGCACCAGCGGCCCCGCAUCGUCGUCGGCUGCGAUGCCGCCAGCAACCGGCGCUGCCUGCUCUUCGGCGUCGGCCCCACUAUCGCCUUUGCCAUCGAUACCGCGGGCAGCAUAUACACCGUCAUCGCCAUCGCCAUCGCCGAGUCCCGCGCCGGCACCCCUGGACGAGCCCAGCUCGGACAUCCUCUCGCCCCUCGCGAAACAGGAUUUCGCCUGCCAGAUUCACUACCCUAG